UAUUUAAUCUCUGGCUAAAACUUGAUUAGAAUUGCAGGCAGGAAAUUAGUGCACUCAUCUUUAUUCUGUGAAAAUAUUUUUAUUUUAUUGUUCACAAAUUUGUAAUUUAAUUGGAAAAAAUACAUCACAAUGGCUGCUGUAGAAGUGGAACUCUCGAAGUACGAACAACACUUACGAAACCUGAAGCAAUCAGGACAUGUGGGUUUUGACAGUCUUCCCGAUCAGUUAGUUAAUAAAAGUGUUCAAAAUGGAUUUGUUUUCAAUAUUAUGUGCAUCGGAGAAACUGGUCUCGGUAAAUCGACCCUCAUGGACACCCUAUUCAAUACUAGUUUCGAAUCGACACCAAGUCCCCAUACCUUGCCAAAUGUGAAACUAAAGGCCCACACUUACGAACUGCAAGAGAGCAAUGUCCGCUUGAAGUUAACCAUAUGCGACACCGUUGGCUACGGCGAUCAAAUCAACAAAGACGAUUCAUUCAAAGCUGUCGUCGAUUACAUCGAUGCACAAUUUGAAGCCUAUCUACAGGAGGAGUUAAAAAUCAAACGUUCGUUGUCUUCGUGUCACGAUUCUCGUAUUCAUGUUUGUUUGUACUUUAUUUGUCCCACCGGACAUGGACUUAAAUCCCUGGAUUUGGUGUGUAUGAAGAAGCUGGACACGAAGGUCAAUAUCAUUCCGAUUAUUGCCAAAGCCGAUACAAUCUCCAAAGCGGAAUUGCAACGAUUCAAGGCAAAAAUCAUCCAAGAAUUGAGCAACAAUGGAGUUCAGAUUUAUCAAUUUCCAACAGACGAUGAGACAGUUGCCGAAACUAAUACCGCAAUGAAUGCUCAUGUACCAUUUGCUGUUGUUGGUAGUACAGAGUUUGUACGAGUGGCAAAUAAAAUGAUUCGUGCUCGUCAAUACCCGUGGGGUACAGUUCAGGUUGAGAACGAAACACAUUGUGAUUUCGUUAAAUUGCGUGAAAUGCUGAUCCGAACAAACAUGGAAGAUAUGCGCGAGAAGACACACACUCGCCACUACGAACUCUAUCGUCAGAAACGUCUCGAACAAAUGGGAUUCACUGAUGUGGACAGUGAUAAUAAACCAGUUUCAUUCCAACAAACAUUCGAAACCAAACGUUCGCAGCAUUUAGCAGAACUUCAAGCUAAGGAAGAGGAAGUCAGACAAAUGUUUGUUCAACGUGUCAAGGAGAAGGAAGCCGAACUCAAAGAAAGCGAAAAAGAGCUUCAUGCUAAGUUUGAUAAACUUAAGAAGGAUCAUGCUGACGAAAAACGAAAGCUCGAAGAAUCAAGAAAAAAACUUGAAGAAGAAUUUGUUGAAUUUAAUAGACGCAAAGCACAAAUGGUUGCUUCUCAUACAUUGACAUUGGGCAAAAGUAAGAAGAAGUAAAUAACAUAAAACGACAAAAA